AUGGUAACUCCGCUGCCCAGCCUCCUGUGCGAGAGCUUCGUGGCAGACUGGGUGUACGAGGAUCAGGCACCCGGGGUUGAUGUGCGACAGUUUGGCAACAUGCGGGCCUCCUCCACCACUCAUUGCCUCACCAGCUUCUUAGACUUCAUUCAAAAGAACCUAGACCAACGAAAAACAUCUGCCGUCUGCACCAUUGACUUCCGUAAAGCAUUCGACCUAGUGGACCACACAAUAAUACUUUCCGAGGCAGCAUCCACUAGCAUCAGGGAAUGCCUCAUCUCCUGGCUAGCCGACUUCUUCUCCAGUCGCCGCCAGGCCGUACGUGUGCAGGGAAAAGUGUCCAGCUUCCUGCCCCUCACGUGUGGGGUGCAGCAGGAUGGGCCCCUUGUGCUUCCUCUUCCUCAUCAACGACGCUCUCUUGGACACCGAGCAUCGUUGAAAGUACGUUGA